GGGAGAAAAAACCUUAUCCACUCAUGUGGUUCUACGCCAACAAAGGUGGGUGCAAAAAAUUGGCCAAUCCCAUACACUGAAAAUACUCACAUACCCUAGCAGCGGACAUUGGUCUGGCCACGCAAGCGGACAGACAUCAUCGGAGUAGGUUGCGUGGUCGAAAAGUUCGAGCAGUCGGUUGAAAUCGCGGAAUCGGAGCGAAGGAAAUUGCUGAAUUGGGGAUUUCGGAUUUUCAUUUCCUUUUUCCCUAAUUUUCUUGGUUGUUUGUUUUCAAAUUUUCAAAGGACAUCAUCGCAAGAUGAAGAGCAGCAGCAGCUCACUAGGUGGAGUCCGCUCGUCUCUUCUGCUAAUCUUUCUAGGGAUUUUGUUCGUAUCUGCACCAGAUUCCGCUGUGGCCUUCAACUCAGCCUCUGCUUUUGUUCAGAAUAUCGUCUAUUCCAACAGGAUCGCCGUCUUCUCCAAAUCCUACUGCCCGUAUUCAUUACGUGCCAAGCGCAUAUUCAGUGAACUAAAUGAGCAGCCUUUUAUUGUGGAGCUUGAUCAUCGAGGUAAUGCACACCACUGCUGCUAUCUUUUAUCUUUUUCCAUAAAGAUAUCUAUGAAAUAUGUCCACAUGCUUCUAAUGAUUCUUAUAUCAUUGGUGUACUGGGACACAGAUGAUGGGUCUCAGAUUCAGGAUGUUCUUCUAGAUCUAGUGGGCCAUCGUACUGUACCCCAAGUUUUUGUGAAUGGCAAACAUAUUGGUGGCUCUGAUGAUCUCAAGAUUGCAGUUUCGAGUGGUCAAUUGCAGAAACUCCUCGAUAAAAAUCAGUGAAAUACUAUGGCAUGAAAACUGAAGCAUUUCACUGGAGCUGGUAAUGGUUGUUACAGAAGGAUCUCUGGAUCGUGAAGGUAGACCAGAAUGACCGCACUAAUACCAUUGUUAAUGAUUUCGCCACUUCAAAUUAAUGACAGGUUUUGCUCAAUGAUCCAUUGAUGUAUUUUCUCUUUAAUAUCUUAGUUCUCAUGUGAUAAAGCAUUUUGGCAUA